AUGAACCAACCACGUGCGGGCCCACCUGACUCGAGCAGUUCGGCCAGUGGAGGUGAACAUGGCGGCGGCGGCGGUGGUGGUGAUGCUCAUGAGCCCGGCAGUGAGGCAAUGAUGGCCUACUUCAUCCAACGGCAGAUCCAAAUCGAGCGGAUUAUGAGCUACUGGGCCGCGGGCAUAUGCAGUCUCAUCGCUAUCUUCGUCCUCUUUCACUGGGCUCGUUGGAUUUGCGUCAAAGUCGAACGGUCACGGCGGCCAGCGGGCGUUAUUGGGCGGCCUUUUGUGGCUACUACUAGAUUCAUAAGGAACCUCCUGGUGCGGCGAGUACCCGGCUUCAAAUCCGCUGGGCAUGCUCUGCUGGUUGCGGCUUACACCGCCGUUAACCUGGCCAUUGCCUUUUCUGAGGUUGACACAACCUCGCUGGGCAGCGUGGGUCACAGGUUUGGAUGGGUGACGGUGGGGAACCUGGCCUUGGUCAUCUUCCUGGCGCUCAAGAACACCCCAUUGGCGUUUCUCACGGCCUACUCGUACGAACGACUCAACUGCCUCCACCAGAUCGCCGGGUGCACCAUGUUCCUCGCGAUGCUUCUCCACGCAGCCUGUUACACAGCCUUCUUCAACGCCGAAGGCCGGAUGCAGGACAUCUACUCUGAACAAUCCACCAUCGCUGCCAUCGUGGCCGGCUUCGGCUUCCUCACAGUCGUCUUCUCAGCCCUCGUUAUCCGACACAUCUGGUACGAGCUCUUCUACGUGACGCACAUCGCAGCCUGGAUUAUGGGCAUCGUCGCCGUCGGCUUUCACCGUCCAGAGCUCGCUAAGAAGGCCUUCAUCAUCAUCGUCCUCGCGGCCGCCAUGUGGUUCACCGACCGCGUCAUCCGCGCUGGCCGCGUCCUCUACUACAGCGCCAACAACACAGCCACGCUGCACCCGCUACCUGACGGGAGCACCAAGAUUGUCAUGAAGAAGGUGCCCACGCGCGCGGAACCGGGCAAGCACUGCUUCGUCUGGAUCCCUACGAUCCGCUUGUUCGAGACACACCCGUUUACCAUCCAUGGCAGCUCGCCGAUGGAGUUCACGGUCAAGGCGCGCAACGGGUUCACCAGGGACUUGCACAAGUAUGCGGUCGCUCACCCUGGGGCGUCGGUCAAAGCCUCGAUCGAUGGGCCGUACGGUACCUUCCCUAGCCCGACGGACUUCGACAAGAUCGUGCUCAUCGCUGGCGGCGGUGGUGCUACGUUUACAUUUGGCUUGGCCGUGAACGUGCUGGAGCGGAUGACCGAUGACGCACCCAAGAAUAUUGUGUUUAUCUGGUCCGUCAAGAAACAUGAAAACCUCUCUUGGUUCAAGGAGCAACUCGAGCUCCUCCGCAACCACCCACAAGCGCCCAACAUCAAAGUCUCCCUAUACGUAACACGCGACUCCGUCGGCAUCGACUCCCUAAGCGAGAGUGAGAGCAGCAGCGGCGGCCGCUUCGACUCCUCCGAGGACUCACCUCCGUUGUCCCCGAUCUCGCCGAUCGGCCUAGACCUCGAGAAGAACGCGAUCUCAACACCGGCGCCAGCGGCCCUGGCCCUCUCAACGGAAGACAAAGAGAACGGGACGACCACUACCACCGACCCUACAUCACCAGUAACACCCGUGACUCCCGUGACACUAAAGGCCACAGCCGCUCGCCCAUCACACCCGACUAAACGCGCCAUCUCUACAACAACAUACUACGAGCACCCGAUCAAGGCCGGGCGUCCGGACACCGCGACGCUGAUCCGCGACGCAGUGCGCACCACGCCGCGCAACCAGCGGGUGCUUGUCGCGGCGUGUGGGCCGGACGGGCUGAUGCGGACGGUGCGAGAUACGACGGCGCGGUUGAUUGUUGGGGAUGGGCCGGCGGUGGAGUUGCAUUGCGAGGAGUUUGGGUGGUAA